AUUUAGAUAUUAUAUACGGGCCCGCCCAUGAAGAAAGCAUUUGCCAAAACCAGUUAAUUUCCUUUUUUCAGCGAUCUCGAUCCUGCAAAUCCUACUAGGGUUCUCGAGAGUUGGACGCUCUCUUGAAUUUUUACUCGGAUCUUGUCGUUUUCUGAAGAAAUGGCUGUACCGCUGCUUAGCAAAAAAAUCGUGAAGAAGCGGGUUAAGAAGUUCAAGAGGCCUCAGAGCGAUCGAAAGAUAUGCGUGAAGCCCAACUGGAGGAGGCCUAAAGGUAUUGACUCACGUGUGAGGAGGAAAUUCAAAGGAUGCACUUUGAUGCCUAACAUUGGCUAUGGAUCUGACAAGAAAACCCGCCAUUAUCUCCCCAACAAAUUCCGCAAGUUUCUUGUCCACAACAUCUCUGAACUGGAACUGCUCAUGAUGCACAACAGGACUUACUGUGCUGAGAUUGCUCACAAUAUUUCAACGAAGAAGCGCAAGGAAAUUGUGGAGCGCGCAGCACAGCUUGACAUUGUUGUCACUAACAAGCUCGCUAGGCUUCGUAGUCAGGAAGAUGAAUGAGCUUCCAUUACUUUUACUUUUAAUUACUUUAUGUUGGGUAACACUACUUGAUCAUUUUGUUCUAAAAGAAUUGAUGCGAGUUAAGAACCUUCUUAGCGUUUUAUUUGUUUGAUCUGUGUUUGAUAUGGUUGUAAUUUUUUAUGAAAAGCUGCUAUGGAUAUUAUAAAUAUGUUCGGUUUAAACAAUCGAACGGCCGCCUUGUUAAAGCUA